CUAGGAGCCAAGGGGAGGCAAGUCUAAUUAUCGAAAAGGGUUUAGCCCUCCAAAACAAAACCGUCGUUUACUGAGACAUCGUUAACAAAGUUGAAGCCUUCCGUCUCCUGCCUUCUGCCUUCUGUGCAAGUCGUGAAGUUCUAGUGUUUGAACUGCUUCAGAAACUGAAGAAAUAUAGAAUGGCUGCAAAACCUGGUGCAGCUUCGACCACUUACUCUCCGAUUGACCCGACCAAUAAAACCCGACCACCCAUUUUCACUGGCUCUGACAUCGACUGGCUCCGACCCGAUUCUCGAACCUUCCAACAGUGCAGACCUGCUUUUUUCCGGACUGGUGCUGUAAAUUCUGCAGAAGGAUCUGCUUAUGCAGAAUUUGGAAAUACCAAGGUGAUUGUGUCAGUAUUUGGGCCAAGGGAAAGUAAGAAAGCAAUGAUGUACAGUGAUAUAGGAAGGCUAAAUUGUAAUGUUAGCUAUACAACUUUUGCCACACCAGUACGUGGACAGGGAUCAGCAGACCACAAAGAUUUUUCAUCUAUGCUUCAUAAAGCUUUGGAGGGUGCUAUAAUAUUGGAGACUUUCCCUAAGACAACUGUUGAUGUUUUUGCAUUGGUGUUGGAAUCUGGAGGCAGUGACCUCCCUGUUGUGAUAUCAUGUGCUAGUCUUGCCCUUGCAGAUGCUGGUAUUAUGAUGUAUGACCUUGUUGCUUCAGUUUCUGUGUCAUGCCUAGGGAAAAAUCUUCUGAUUGAUCCUGUUUCAGAGGAGGAAAACUACCAAGAUGGAAGCCUAAUGAUUGCUUGCAUGCCUUCUUGUUAUGAGGUGACACAGUUAGCCGUUACUGGGAAAUGGUCAACCUCAAAGCUCAAUGAGGCGAUGCAGCUGUGUCUCGAUGCAUCUACUAAGCUUGGGGAAAUCAUGAGGUCAUGCUUGAAAGAAGCUGCUUCUGCUACGCAAGAUUAGAGAUUUUUGUUUUUAAAUUAUUGUUUAACAUAUAGGAUACAAGAGAAGCCACCUGUUUAAAAUUUGCCCUUCUUUUCAGAAAAUAAAUUCACUAGCUUUCCUUUACAUAAACUUGAUUUUUUUUUGCAAUUAAGUUUAUGUUUGUAUGGCUUUUCUUGCCCUGAUGCCACUUUUCAGAUGAGUAUUUACAAAUAUUUAACCAUGAACGCAGAAGAAACCUUGGAUACUGAUAAUUUGUAAUUAGAUAAUGAGAAAUGUUUCUAUUAUCAUGUA